UAGUUUGCAUAUGUGCCUCCCACUUCUUAAGGGACCAAAAGUAAUGGGACAGAGUAAGAACCAUAAAUCAAACUUUCACUUUUUAAUACUUGGAUGCAAAUCCUUUGCAGUCAAUCACAGCCUGAAGUCUGGAACACAUAGACAUCACCAGACACUGGGUUUCAUCCCUGGUGAUACUCUGCCAGGCCUCUACUGCAACCGUCUUCAGUUCCUGCUUAUUCUUGGGGCAUUUUCCCUUCAGUUUUGUAUUCAGCAAGUGAAAUGCAUGCUCAAUCGGAUUCAGGUCAGGUGAUUGACUUGGCCAUUGCAAAACAGUCCACUUCUUUCCCUUCAAAAACUCUUUGGUUGCUUUUGCAGUAUGCUUUGGGUAGUUGUCCAUCUGCACUGUGAAGCGCCGUCCAGAGUUUUGAAGCAUUUGGCUGAAUAUGAGCAGAUAAUAUUGCCCGAAACACUUCAGAAUUCAUCGUGCUGCUUUUGUCAGCAGUCACAUCAUCAAUAAAUACAAGAGAACCAGUUCCACUGGCAGCCAUACAUGCCUACGCCAUGACACUUACAGCACCAUGCUUCACUGAUGAGGUGGUAUGCUUAGGAUCAUGAGCACUUCCUUUCCUUCUCCAUACUCUUCUCUUCCCAUCACUCUGGUACGUUGAUCUUGGUCUCGUCUGUCCAUAGGAUGUUGUUCCAGAACUGUGAAGGCUUUUUUAGAUGUCGUUUGGCAAACUCUAAUCUGGCCUUCCUGUUUUUGGGGCUCACCAGUGGUUUACAUCUUGUGGUGAACCCUCUGUAUUCACACUGGUGGAGUCUUCUCUUGACUGUUGACUUUGACACACAUACACCAACCUCCUGGAGAGUGUUCUUGAUCUGGCCAACUGUUGUGAAGGGUGUUUUCUUCACCAGGGAAAAGAUUCUUUGGUCAUCCACCACAGUUGUUUUCUGUGGUCCUCUGGAUCUUUUGGUGUUGCUGAGUUUACCGGUGCGUUCCUUCUUUUUGAGAAUGUUCCAAACAGUUGUUUUGGCCACGCCUAAUGUUUUUGCUAUCUCUCUGAUGGGUUUGUUUUGUUUCUUCAGCCUAAUGAUGGCUUGCUUCACUGAUAGUGACAGCUCUUUGGAUCCCAUCUUGGCAGUUGACAGCAACAGGUUCCAAAUGCAAACAGCACAGUUGAAAUGAACUCUGGACCUUUUUUCUGCUCAUUGUAAUUGGGGUAAUGAGGGAAUAACACACACCUGGCCAUGGAACAGCUGAGAAGCCAAUUGUCCCAUUACUUUUGGUCCCUUAAUAAGUGGGAGGCGCAUUUGCAAACUGUUGUAAUUCCUACACCGUUCACCUGAUUUGGAUGUAAAUACCCUCAAAUAAAAGCUGACAGUCUGCAGUUAAAGCACAUCUAGUUCGUUUCAUUUGGAAUCCAUUGUGGUGGUGUAUGGAGCCAAAAAUGUUAGAAUUGUGUCAAUGUCCCAAUAUUUAUGGACCUGACUGUAUACACACAAUUUUAUUAUAUAUAAAAUAUUGUAGAGAGAGAAAAAUGCUCUCUUUAGGGGUCACAACACCAGAGGCCCUGCCUCUAUGUCAACCCCGAUCCCAGCUUUCUCCUUUUUCACACCAACCCUCAUCAUGUCCUCCUUCACUGUAUCCAUGAACCUCCUCUGAGGUCAUCCUGUUUCCUCCUGCCUUUGUCCAGUAUUUCCACUAUCCCUCUUCUGCAUAUGUCCGAAUCAUCUCAGCCUUGUCUCUAACUUUCUCUCCAUACCAUUCAGCAUGAGCUGUCCUUCUUGUAUACUCAUUUCUGUUUCCUGUCCCUCCUGCUGACUCCAGAUCCCUGAUGUAAUCCCACCCUCACCUUGAACACAUCUGUCACUCCUAUUGCAACCUCACCACUGCCUCACUGUCCUCAUACAUGUCCUGCACCACCCUCACAUCCUGACUUACCUCAUGCAGUACCACAGUUCCUCUCUUAGCAUCCCAUCAUAUUCUUUUGCCAGAUCCACAAAGACACAGUGCAACUCUUUCUGACCUUCACUAUACUUCUGCAUCAACACACUCAAAGCAAACAUCACAUCUGCACUGCUCUUUUUUAGUGAGAAGCCAUACUGCUGCUCAUUGAUCAUCACCUCUCUUCUUAACCUAGCUUCAACAAGUCUUUCUUGGUGUGUCUCAUCAGCUUUAUCCCUCUGUAGUUACUACAGCUCUGCAUAUCACCCUUGGUCUUGAAAACUGGUACCAGUACACUUAUUCAUUCCUCACUCUCCAAACUUGUGUUAAACAAUCUGGUUAAAAAGUCCUCUCUCCUCAACAUCUCUAUACCACCACAGAUAUGUCAUGUGGACCAACUGCCUUUCCUCUCUUCAUAGCUGCCUUCACUUCCUCCUUACUAAUCCCCUGCACUUCCUGAUUCACUAACUUUCCUCCAUCUUUCCUCAUUUUCUGUCUUCAUUAAUGUCUUCAUUAAUGAAGACAAUGAGAGAAUACUUCCAUCUUCUCAACACACUCUCUUCACCAUCUUUAUCCUUAGUCACUCUAACCUGCUGCACAUCCUUUUCAGCUCAGUCUCUGUCUAGCUAAUUGAUACAAGUACUGUUCUCCUUCCUUAGUGCCCAGCCUCACAUACAUCUCAGUAUAAGCUUUUUCCUUUGCCACCUCUAUCUUUGCAGUAAGCCUGGCCUCCCAGUAUUCCUGUCUACUUUCUCCAUGUCCCUGACUAUCGCACUUUCUCUUAGCUAUUCCUUUGAGGAACUACAGGAAAGUGUCCAAGCCACCACCAAGUCUCCUUGUCCUCUUUUCUCUCUCCAAAAGAUACACCAAACACCUUCUUUGCCUUUCUCUCACCAUUUCAGUUGUAUUUUUCCAGUCAUCUGGUAACUCUUCCCUUCCACCCAGAGAAUGUCUCUACUCCUCCCUGAACUAACAACUUCACAACAUUCUUCCUUCUUCAGCUUCCACCAUUUAGUUCUUGUCUCUGCCGUCACUCUCUUCCUCUUCUUGAUGUCCAAAGUCAUCCUACAGACUAGUGUCCAAUGCUGCAUGGCUACAUUCUCUCCUGACACCACCUUGCAGUUUCCUAUCUCUUUCAGACUGACCCUUUUGUUUAGGAUGUAAGCCACCUGUGUACACUUUCUUCCACUCUUCUACGUCACCUUAUGUUCCUCCUUCUUCUUGAAGUAUGAGUUCACCCCAGCCAUUUCCAUCUUCCUAAUUUUGACCUUCUGCAUUUCUCUGCUUAACACCAUACCUAUCUAACACCUCCUCAUUAUCUCUCUUUCCUUCACCUACAUGGCUACUGAAGUCUGCUCGAAUCAACACUUUCUACCACUUUAUCAAACCAACUGCAGAAUUCCUCUUUCUCUUCUAACUGACAUCCAACCUUCAACCUGGUCUCCUGCACACACAGUAAAUCUACCUUCCUUCUCUCCAUUCAUAUCAGCCAGCUCUCUCCCUUUGCCAGUCAUAGUACCUCCACGCUCCUGCCUGUCCUUCUCUUCGACUCCUAACACGCUUCUCCCCUUUCCUCUUCCUUUGUCUUCGAAUAGUAGCACAGUUUCCAUCGGCUCUCUGUUGGCCAAUAGCACAGGAGGCAGUAAUUGUUAACCCAGGUACCGACUGAUCUGAUAUGGAAAUACACCAGAUGCCAUUCCUGAAACAGCCCUCUCUGUUUAUCUGGGCUUCGGAGUACACUCCCAACUCCACCCCCCAUACACUAUCAGUCAAAAAUUUGGACACCUUUUGACUUAAUGUUUGUUUGUUUUUUACUACUUUCUACAUUGUACAUACAAACUGAAGACAUCAAAUAUAUGAAGCAAUAUAUAUGGAAUUAUAUAGCAAAGAGAUAGCUGAUAUGUAACUCUAAAUAUGUUUUAUAUUUUAGAGUCCACCCUUUGCUUUGUUGACAGCGCUGCAAACCUUUGGCCUUCUCUCACUGAGCUUCAUGAUGUAGUCACCUGAAAUGGUUUCACCUCACAGGUGUACCUUGUCAGGGUUCAUUUGUGGAAUUUCUUUCCGUCUUCAUGGGGUUUGGGCCAUCAGUUGUGUUGUCCAGAAGUCAGGUUGGUGCACAGCUGACAGCCCUAUUUGACUACUGUUAAAAUUCAUAUUAUGGCAACAACCAAUCGGCUAAGUAAAGAGAAACUACAGUCCAUCAUUACUUUAAGAACUGAAGGUCAGUCAAUCUGUAUUUAUGCUAAAAUUUUGAAUGUGUCCCCAAGUGCAGUCGCACAAAACAUCAAGCACUACGACAAAACUGUCUCACAUGAGGCCCGCCCCAGGAAAGGAAGACCAAGAGUCCCCUCUGCUGCUGAGGAUACAUUCAUCCGAGUCACCAAAAUCACAAGGAAUGGACAUUAGACCAGUGGACAUCUGUGCUUUGGUCUGAUGAGUCCAACUUUGGUUCUACCUGCCAUGUCUUUGUGCGACGCAGAAAAGGUGAAUGGAUGGUCUUGGCAUGCGUGGUCCCCACUGUGAAGCAUCGAGGAGUUGGUGUGAUGGUGUGGGGGGGCUUUGCUGGUGACACAGUUGGGGAGUCAUUCAAAACUGAAAGCACACUGUACCAGCAGGGCUACCACAGUAUCCUGCAGUGACAUGCCAUCCCAUCUGGUCUGUGUUUAGUUGGACCAUCAUUUAUUUUUCAAUGGGACAAUAACCCCAAACACACCUCCAGAGUGAUGGAGUGCCUACCAGAUGGCCUCCACAGUCACCUAACCCAAUCCCAUUGGAGAUGUUUUGGGAUGAGACGGAGCACAGAGCAAAGGCAAAAGGGCCAACAAGUGCUCAGCAUCUUAUGCGUAUUUUUGUUUUCCAUUCAGAAAGAACAUAACUGUCCACAGCCUUCUGUCAUUAUUUUCAAACUAGUUACACUAAGCUACUGUAAAAAUGCUUAUACAGAAAAAAUAAUGUUUGAUCAUCAUCAAAAGCCAGAUAUUUCAAAGUUUCAUCUAUGAAAUAUCUGGCUUUCCCAUCAUAGCAGAUGAAAUACCUAUUUUGCAUUAAAUUGCAUCAUUUCGCCUCCUGAAGGGCUCGCCAUGAGUCCACUGUGUGUGUAUAUAUAUAUGUAUUUUUUCUCUCUGUGGUAAUUAUACUUUUAGAUAAAUACUAAGUACUUUUCCACUACUGAUGUAUAGAAAAUAAAAUUAGGCUGUAAAUUUAAAUCUUACUUUAGAUAAAUCUUAGUAUGUGCUUUUAUAAUUUGUACUAAAUUAUAGUAAAAAAUAUCAGGGUUCCUUUGUUUGUGCUCUGGACUGUACAAUAAGCCUGAGUCAGAGCUGAGCAGAGAAUUGUAGCUCACUCUGCUCCCAACUUAACUGAUGCCCUGCACCUCCCCCAUAGCUGCUGCAGUGGGGGAGGGGCGGGUGAAUGUUUCCAGCACUUUGGCAGGUCUGAAGGCAAAAGAGAGUCCAAACCAGGACUAGCAAGGUGUACCUAAUACAGUGGCCGUUUAGAGUGUGUGAGAUAGAUAGAUAGAUAGAUAGAUAUGGUAAUGGUUCUUAGUUCUUUUCGACUACUGAUAAGCAUUAAGUCAAUUUAGACUGUAAAGCUAAAUGUUACUUUAGAUCAAUUUUAUUAUGCUGUUUCAUUAUGUGUUUAAACUGUAGUAAAAACAAUGUCAGGCUUCCUUUAUUUUAUAUAAUGUACAAUGUAAAUCAGGUUUCAGAGUGAGAGCUGAGAAGUAGAGAAUACUUUGGCUCUCUGCAAUUCCUCUUUAAGAUAUCAUGACCCAUCAGUGACCCGCCCCUCCCCCCCGCGCACCUGCACUGCACGCUCUCAAACUUUUGCAGGGCAUUGCUUGCAUCUCAACCAUUCAGUCAACGGACGGAGAAGCUGCAUAAUUAAACUGGAGAUUGCAAGAUUUAAAACAAAUUUUCGGCAGGUCGAGGAAGCCAUGGCAGCAAGCCAAACACAGGAGGAGAGUGAUUGCUCUGAGCUGGAUUUCUCCAUUUGUUCAGGCUCUGAAUACGUGCCAAGUCAAAAUUCAGACUUAAGUGAUGGGGACAACCACAGUCUACAAAGUAAGACACUAAAGAUCACUGACGUUUCUAGCAAUAGCGACAGUGACAAUGAAGAACUGAGAAACAUGACUCUUAAAAAGACACCCAGAACAUAUGGGAAAAGAAAGAGAAAUGAUCACAAGGGAGGAAAAAAGGCUAAACGGACUAAACGGAAAUCAGAGGUGACUGUAAAAACAUGUACAAAAAGGGAGGACAACAAACGAGUAUGGGACAAAAAACAUUAUUGUCUUUACUGUGGGAAGUCCCAAGCAAAAAUAUCGAGACACCUGCAGAGGAAUCACAUAGAGAUGAGUGAUGUGGCAUAUGCCUUUAGCUACCCUCUAGGUUCCAAAGAAAGGAAGGAUCUUCUAGAACAACUUCGCAAUAAAGGAGACUUUAAGCACAACACCAAAGUGAUACAAAAAGGCAGAGGACAAGUCGUAACAUGGAAGCAGCCAUCUAAUAAAACCAUAGCAGGAGAAUAUUUACCUUGCCCUUAUUGCUUUGCAAUGUAUAUCAAAAAGACAUUAUGGAAACAUGCGCUGUCAUGCAAAAGUAAAAAACUGUGUGCGUCAAAAACUAGACAUCCUAGAGUCCAGAGUUACGCUGCACGCCUGCUUCCAAUAAAACAUUCAUCUAAAGGAUGUCAGACUAUUAUUAACAACAUGCGACAAGAUCAAGUGUCCUUUCACAUCAGGAGUGAUUCUCUGAUUUGCAAAUAUGGAGAAUCGCUAUAUGCAAGACAUGGCCGUGUGAAGUCUAAGCACCAAUACAUUGCGCAAAGGAUGAGGGAGCUUGGCCGGCUCAUGUUAGCUGCAAAAAAUAUGGACAAGACAGUGAAUGUACUUGAAGAUUUGUGCAAACCAUCAAAAUUUCAGUUUGUUGUCAGUGUUGCCAAGCAUCUUGCAAACUUUAGUCCAGGCAAAAAUGAAUAUGGCAAACCGUCAACAGCAGUCAAAAUUGGAUUUUGUCUUAAAGGAGCAGUCGAGGUACUGAUUGGACAGACUCUUAUGAAUGACGAUGACUAUGCAGAGAAGAAGGCCAAAAAAUUCUUGGAACUUCUGGACAAAAACUGGAGGAACAGUGUAUCUGUCAGUGCUCACCAAACAAUACAAGAAAAGAGGUGGAAUAAACAGGAUGACAUUCCCCUCACCAAAAAUGUGAUUGCUCUGAGGGACCAUCUCCGUACCGUGGAAGGUGAAGCAAGAGAGACACUAAUGCAGCACAUGGAUUUGGCAGCAUACAAGGCAUUGAAUGAGACUGUUUUGGCACAGGUUAUUGUCUUUAACAAGCGACGUGAAGGGGAAGCAUCACGCUUGACUCUUCAGACCUACAAGAACGUAAAAACAAGUCCCAUUAAUGAAGACAUUUAUGAAACCUUGUCACCAUUAGAAAAAGAGCUAAGCAAGCUAUUAACCCGCAUUGAAAUCAGGGGCAAGAGAGGCAGGAAAGUGCCUGUUUUUUUGAGCGACAGAAUGAAGGAAUCAAUCGAUUUGUUGGUGAAAAAGAGAGAAGCAGCUGGUGUACCUGCUGAAAAUCCCUAUCUCUUUGCUAGACCUGGUGGGAUGACACACAUACGUGGAUGUGACUGCCUACGAAAAUAUGCAGACCAAAGCAAAGCAGAAAACCCUGAGCUUCUGAGGUCAACUAAAUUAAGAAAACAAGUUGCCACACUUUGCCAACUCCUCGAUCUUAAUGAUCAAGAGCUCGAGCAAGUUGCAAGAUUCAUGGGACAUGACAUCAGAGUUCACCAGGACUUUUACAGACAGACAGACAAAACCUUUCAAAUUGCCAAGAUAAGCAAGCUUCUGUUUGCAAUGGAGGAAGGCGCUGGCACCUUAAGGGGCAAGAACCUCAGCACCCUGGAGGUUUCUGUUGCUGGUGUAAUUUCCCCAGCUCCCAGCCCUCCAGCUAGUCAAAGAGACCCAGGCAGACCGAAGGAACAAGACACAGAGGUGGAUGAAAACAAUAAUGUGGUCUUCGCAGGCAGCGAUGAUGGCUGUUCUGAUAAUGGUGUCACAGGUGAAAGUCCCAUAGCAGCUACUCAGAGUGAUCCUCAGGGAAAUGAGGAGGAGGAGAAAGGAGGAGGCAGUGAGAUGGAUGAAGACGGAAGUUCUCAGCAUUUCGCAGAUGUAAAUGAAGAGACCAAAGAAGUAACACUCGCCGUGAGAAAAAGGGGAAAAUCCAAAGUGGCCAAAGCAAAGGAGAUCCCCCGUGCGAAGGUCAAGAGGCCAUGGAGUGAAGCAGAGAAGACGGCAGUGCAAAGAUGGCUGGGAAAAUUUGUCGCAGAGCGCAAAGUUCCAAAAAAAGAACACUGCAUGAAAUGCUUAGAAAUGGAAAAAGACCUAGCUAAUCGCUCAUGGAAAGAUGUUAAAAACUUUGUGUACAACACGAUUGUCACUCUGAAUCGAAGGUCUGCUUGUAAAAAACUUUUUUAAAGACCUCUUCCAAAAUAAGUUUACCUUGAUAAUGUUAAGACAUUAUUUAAAAUUUCAUUUUGUCUUCUCAUCCUUGGUUUGUGACUGACUCUGCAACAGUAUAUAAAAUGACAUGCAGAGGCUGGGGACCCUUAGUCAAAAUUUGUGUGAAUGGCAAAGUAAAUGGGAUGUGAUUACCAAAAGUGCAGAAAGAUGCCACAUUUCCUUUAAUAAUUUAAGCAAUAUUACCCUAUUUUCAUCUUUUAUAAGUUCAAAAAAAGAAGAAGGUUUUGGCACAAAUGUUCAAUAAUUAUUAGGGUCCCGUUUGUCAUUAUCACAGCAUUUGAAAGCUUUGGUAGCAAAUACGAGUCUGAUUGUAAUUUGAUUGGCUUUAUGUUUUGGAGUGGUGAACUGUGAGGGCGAUGAAAAUACCUUUACCUAGUGUCUUUUGAGGUAACCCGUUUUGGAUUUUAAGUUCUAGGUUUUUGCCCAGGAUGCUUUUGGUUUGUUUAUUUUAUAAUCUGUUAAAGUACAUUAGGUAUCUAAGUUGUUCACCUUCUUAAUGGCUUAAUGGUUAGAACACAUCCUAAAGUGUCCACCUUUGCUCAGUGCAGCAGAAAACUUGUUUUGGUCUUAUGAUGUUCAUUGGUGAAAAGUUAAAUUUUGGUUUCAAUGAUGUAGGAAGCAGGAAGGUCAUACUGGUACAGUUGUAGCCACCCUAAGCUUUACUGAUUUGGCAAAAGUCAAAACAAACUGAUCAAGUUAUUGAUCACUAUUUUAGUUGUAAGUCAUUAGACUUAAUAGUUGUCUUAAUUGUUAUAAAAACAGUUAUUAUUCCUCUGGAAGGAUGUUACAUUGUGAAAUAAACUGAAUUUGCUCUUGUUGCAGCAUUGUGGGAAUUUCCUUGGUAAUUAUUAAUAGAAUCUAAAGCGGUAUUUGAAAUGUAAUACUACCUUUUUGUUAUGUAGGGGGUUGUCUUGAUAGAUUAUCAGAACUUUUUAGGUAUUCUGUUUAUGUAUAAAGUUGAGACUGUUUAACUUUCACAUUAUUUGGUUGCACUAAAAUGGAAAAUGGCAAAGAGUAAAUGCAAACAGAAAAAAACAUAUAGACAGAAACGAACACAAAAGCACCCCCUGGUGGAAAAUCACCUGAACAGCACUCAAUGACAAGGUCCUCAUUCCGAUAGUAGAAUGAGGUUUUUUUUUACUUGUGUGUUUUAAGACUUUGAGGUGAUUUUUGCUGUCAGAGAGCCACCUAGUGUUGAAAAAUAGCAAAGAUUGGUCUGCAAGUGUAGCAGAAAUGGUGGUCCUCACUUUGAUAGUGCAUUUACCCGGUCCUCGGUCGGCAUGCAAGACAGGAAUGUGUGUGUGUGUGUG